GCGGUUGCUGAUAAGAGAGAGUCACUGACUCCGCAACCGCUCCGGAAAAAUCUCAUCCCCUUCCAGUCCAGUCCAGUCCAGUCCAGUCCACGACGCUAUCUAUCAUUGCUCUGAGAAGCACCCCACUCCACACAUCGUUGAUGCCAUGUUGUACGAGCUGAUUGCCAUUGUCCGUCCCGGCAGCCUCCACGAGGUUCGAGAAAUCGCCCGCCAUGCCGGCACCCUCGUCCUGCGCUCCGGCGGCGUAGUCCGCGGCUUCACCAACUGGGGCACCUUCCGUCUGCCCAAGCCCACGACCAAGCACCAGGCCCGCUACACCGACGGCCAGCACUUCAUCAUGCGCUUCGACACCGCCGGCCCCGUGCAGUCCGCCAUCCGCCGUACCCUGGCGCUGGAUCCCCGGAUGAUCCGCUUCUCGGUCGUCAAGCUCGGCGACAAGCUGGAGGAGGUCAAGCACGUGGACGGCAAGGUUGAGUGGAACAACAACCGCAGCAUCGCCGAGUCGAUCUGAGGAAUGAGGAUAUCUAAGGUGUCAGGGUUGAUGGAUUAUCCUCGGGAGGGGAGGUGAUGGGCUGUGUUGUUUGGUUGGGGACGGAGCGGAUUCGAAUCGUCAAUGAAUGUAUUAUCUUUGGGAUGGGGUUUUAUUUCACGUGUGUAUAUCAUAUCAGCAUUAUCGGCGCAUAUAUCUUACUUGGCAGAUUUGGUCAAUAAAGAUGGUGAUCUGUUUCUUUAUGCUUGAUCGAUGGGGGUGCUGGCAUAAGGUACUGUCUUAUUGUCGGACUAGGAUCUGGAUGGCAAUUGUGCUGGCAGUGGUGCUGAUCUAAAGUAACUGGAUAGUGGUGGAAGCC